AUGGCCUUACAACUGCAGCAACAGCAACGUGAGAAAAAACCUCUCAUUCCUAAACUUGCCCAAGAUCUGAUUGCUGGUACAAUUGGUGGUUGGGCACAAGUUGUUGUCGGUCAUCCUCCAGACACCAUAAAAGUUCGUUUGCAAACACAACCAUCUCCUCCCAUUUACAAUGGCGCUAUUGAUUGUGUUCGAAAGCUUGUUCAAGAAGAAGGAGCAAAGGGACUCUAUAGAGGUGUUAUGUCCCCACUGGCUGGCAUAGGUUUCUGUAAUGCUGUCAUGUUUAUGACCAAUGGCUGGUCAAGGCGUUAUCUGCAAAAUGGAGAUGAAAAGAAGACAUUAUCUAUUGUUGAAAUUGGUCUUGCUGGUUCAAUGGCUGGUUCUGUGAUGGCGUUUCUUAAUUGCCCUAUUGAACUUUUGAAAGUAAAAUUACAAACUCAAGAUCCCAAAGGUUUUAUAAACGCGAGUGGAAAGCAUGAACCUGCAUAUAAAGGUGUGCUUGAUUGUGGUCUUAGAACCGUUCGUGCUCAGGGUUUAUCUGGUAUAUAUCGUGGCAUGGGCGUUACCUUGCUUAGAGAUUCGCCGAGUUACUUUUCAUAUUUUGUUGCUUAUGAGGGUUUGAAGCGUCUCUUCCAGGCAAAGAAAAAAGAUGGCGAGAUUGGCACCUUUGAAUUAUUGAUGGCCGGCGGUUUGUCUGGUUUAGCAGCUUGGAUUCCUGCUUAUCCUCAAGAUGUGAUAAAGAGCAAUUUCCAAAAUGACGUUCGAUACAAGAAUUUAAAUCAAGUUAUCAGGACUCUCUACAGAUCUGGGGGGACCAAAGCUUUCUUUAACGGGAUUGGACCAACACUCGUCAGAGCUUUCCCAGCAAACGCUGCUACUUUCUUUGCUUAUGAAAUGGCCAUGAGUUUCAUGCAAAGAUUGUAAAAAAGAUAAUUGAUAGAACACUUAGAGAACUAAAUUAUUGAAUAAAUCUGAUGUCAACUAACAAAAAAUCGUAUUCUGAUACGCAGAUGCGUUACACUAACACCAACAACUUGGUAUAAAGUUGCAAAAUAAGGAAAAAGCAGUAUUUC